UGGCCAAAUUGACGGUCGUAACGGUCGGACGUGGAUAGUGACGCAGAAGACAUUUUUGAACUAUUUCGGUGUUUUUACACCAGUUUUCUUAACAGUGGUGAUAACAGGCGAGUCGCCUGCGUAAAACAUUUACUUUAAGUGUGUUAUAUGAACUGAUCUUGGAAUGGCGUAUGAGCUGCCUCUGUAGCCCGCGAGCCACAAUUGCACCCUAACCCUAACCCCUAUUAAUUAAAGACUUGACAAACAGAAACUAUUUCCUGAAACGCUACAAAAGGGAAACAUGUUUUGGUGCUGUUAAAACUGUUAGCACACGAAGACAAAAGACGCAACAAACUCUGUCGGCAAUAUAUAUGAGAGAAUACCGUAACCAAACAGUCCGCAAAACCAUAGCAGCAUUUGUUUACGACAGAAAGGUGAUUGCAAUAAGGUCGAUCUGUUGAAUGCAUUGACGACAGAUUGCCAGCAAACGCCAAGCAGAUCUGUUCGAGCAUUUGUGUAACCUGUUCGCACGCAAGACUACAACACUAUCUGUUUGACAUUCACGCAACAAAAUAGCGAUUAUUUGCGGUCGUAUCUGUCACCCAUGUUGAUGAUAAAUUGUUAGCAGACAUUAACCUUUACGCUGCCGGAGCGUCUAUAUAUAGACGCUGUUGAGCAGCCUAUCAAAACAUGCAUAAACUUCCACAAGAAGUAUAUAUAAAUACGUAUAAGUACUUAUAUAUAGUAUAUGUACACACAUACACUCCCUUCUCCACACACAUACAUACGCGCGCGCGCGCAUAUAUAUUUUGCCCCUGAAUGUUACAUGCUCAGUAUUUUACAAUUGACUAAGAACUCGGUACACAUUAUAAUCCUAUGCUUAGUUUCGAUUUCUCUCACCAGGUGGCAACCCAUCAAGUUUAACCCAUGAUAAGAUUGUGCCCAUGACCUUAUAUAUAAAGAGGCCACCACCUUAUCGCAAAACUCUGUAUUAGAUAUAUACGUGUUGCUCUCAUUACUCUUUAUUUUCUCGUGAUAUUUAUUCUUUUAUCUAGUUUUUUCCGAUUUUCUCAACUAGAUAAUUAUAAUGGAUGUUGAAACUGUAGACUUUAGCAGUGGCGAAUCAGAAUUAGAAAAAUCCGAUAAUGAACAUGAUAUGACUGGUGCAUCUGAAGCUGUAGAUGAUGACUUAUUGAUAUUGAUGAAGAUAAUCCUGAUGUUAUCUAUGAUACCUUAUUUUAUUCUUCCAUAAAAGAUUUCACAGGUUCACCUGGUAUUCAGAGUACUAUUACUGUUCCAGAUGAUACUCCAUUGUGCUACUUCGAAAUUUUUUUCACUUUAAUUCUUUUAGAAAUGAUAACAGCACAAACAAAUCUAUACCAGGAACAAAACCCUGAAGGCCCGCGAUAAAAUAUGAAGUCCUGGGAACCUCUUACAGUUGAUAAAUUACGGAUUUUUCUUGGAACAACAAUCAAUAUGGGACACGUUUGAAAAGGUGCAAUUCAAAAUUAUUGGAGCACAGAUCCUCUGUUGGAAACUCCAAUUUUUAGAAAGAUCAUGCGUCGAAAUAGAUAUCUCCAAAUCUUGCGAUGUUUGCAUUUUUCAAACAACGAAGAAAUAGUGAAUCAUCCUCUGAAAAAAUUGAAACCUGUAAUUGACGAUCUAAGAGAAAAAUUUUCAAAUUCUAUAUUACCAGGACAGAAUCUUUAUAUUGACGAAAGUUUAAUUUUAUGGAAAGGGAAGCUGUACUUCAAACAAUUUUUACCGUUGAAACGACAUCGUUUUGGUAUCAAAUUGUUUAACCUAGUUGAUUGUAAAACUGGAUUUUUGAUAGAUUUCAUUGUAUAUACAGGUUCAGAUACCGAUUACGAAAAGUUUGGUUUGGGUAUUACUGGUGACAUUGUAGCUCAUUUCUUAAAAAAUUUUUUCAACAAAGGUCACGUCAUUUACGUGGAUAAUUGGUAUUCAUCUCCAGAAUUGGCCAAAUUUCUACAUCACCGUGACACAGGAAUCUAUGGAACUGUGAAGAAGAAUAGGAAAUUCAUGCCAAGGUUAGAGAAUAAACUAAAUAAAGGUGAGAUUCAGGUCGCACACAAUGACGUCUGGUUAGUAAUGAAAUGGAUGGACAAAAGAGAAGUUUACAUGAUCACAACAGUCCAUGAAGUUAGAUUUAGCCCUACCGGUAAAAAACAUUGGCGAACUAAAGAAGAUAUCGUGAAACCACUCUGUAUCUGUGAGUAUAAUAAAAAUAUGGGAGGGAUCGAUAAUAUAGAUAAGCAGUUAUCUAUAACAGAAACCAUUAGAAAAACUAUGAAAUGGUAUCAAAAAUUAUUUUUUCAUUUUGUGGAUUUAGCAUUGGCAAACGCUCACGUAUUGUACAAUCAAAAAGUGGAAAAAAAACUUUCUUUUCCAGAGUUCCGUAUAGAAGUAGUUAGAAGAUUAUUCAAUCUUGAAGUUCAUAAACAUUCAUAUUUAGCUCCAACUCAUUCACGACUAACAGGACGUCAUUUCCCUGUUGAAAUUUCUAACAAAGGUUCAUCUGCAAUUCUACAGCGUAAGUGUAAACUUUGCGUUAUGAAGAAAAUAAAACGACGCUCUAAGUAUGAAUGCAAUAUCUGUCACGAAACUCUAUGUAUUAUACCGUGUUUUAAGACGUAUCAUACCAAAUCCGAAUUACCAUAG